GCCCAGUGUGAUAGCAGCUGUAUAAAAGCAGCAUGCGAUCCACUAAGAGGGAGUCAACCUUCUGAAGUGAUCAAGGGGACGACAAUGAAGCUCUGCUUGGUCUUCACUUUGGUGUUCGCUGAUGCUGCACUGGGUGCCAUCGAGAAGAGGAUUCUUGGGAGUCUGCCAUGCAAAACGGACAGGCAGUACCAUGUUAAGAUCAAGUCUGACCAAAGGAAGACUUUCUGCGGGGCUCUCUUGCUCAACACUCACUGGAUCAUCACUGCUGCUCAUUGUGGAGGACAGCGUCUGACGGUGACGGUUGGUGUCAAUUAUGAUGCACCCUUCUUUUCAAAUCCUUUUACAAAUACAGACAAGCAAACCAUCGAAACUAAACAACAGUUUGUUUUCAAAGAAGAGGACGGGCUUCCCCAUGACAUCCUGCUCAUAAAACUGAAUAAGCCAUCAGAUGCUAAAUUUCCCACAGUGAGUCUUCCUCCUGAGGAGUGUACCAGACCAGAGCAGAGCCAGCAGGUUAAGGUUGGAGGCAGGGGAGCUGCAGAAACCUCAAAAGACAAACCUCCAAGAAAGCUGAUGUGUGCCAUCACAGAAAUGUCAACAUGUGGUGACAAUGAUAAGCCUGACAGCAAAUACCACAGUGAUGAAGCUACCACCAUGUGUGCCUUUAAAGCUGGUGUGGAGUCCUGCUACGGUGAUGCAGGCUCAGCUGUGGAGUAUAAAGGCCUUCUGUAUGGGAUCAUUGUCAGCAACCCUACGGACAAGUGUGCAAACCCCAUUGUUAUGCUGGAUAUUUGCUUCUACAGGAAGUGGAUUGACAAGAUCAUGAAGGAAAAUAUUUGAUAAACUU